CGCUGGGCGGGGCUGCGGCUGCCACGUUGAAGCGGAACGUGGAGGUGGCCCUGAGCCGGGAGGAGGGGCGGUGGCGAAUGCUGGAAGACUCUGACCGACGCCGGGCUAACGCAGGAACGGGUCGCCUAGGGUCUCCGCCAGCAGGAUGAAGUUAAAGGAAGUAGAUCGUACCGCCAUGCAGGCAUGGAGCCCUGCCCAGAAUCAUCCCAUUUACCUAGCUACUGGAACAUCUGCUCAGCAAUUGGAUGCAACAUUUAGUACCAAUGCUUCCCUUGAGAUAUUUGAAUUAGACUUAUCUGAUCCAUCCUUGGAUAUGAAAUCUUGUGCCACUUUCUCUUCUUCUCACAGGUACCACAAGUUGAUUUGGGGGCCUCAUAGGAUGGAUUCCAAAGGCAAUAUCUCUGGAGUUCUGAUUGCAGGCGGUGAAAAUGGAAAUAUUAUUCUUUAUGACCCUUCUACAAUUAUAGCUGGAGACAAGGAAGUUGUGAUUGCCCAGAAUGACAAACAUUCCGGCCCAGUGAGAGCCUUGGAUGUGAACAUUUUCCAGACUAAUCUGGUAGCCUCUGGUGCUAAUGAAUCUGAAAUCUACAUUUGGGAUCUAAACAAUUUUGCAACUCCAAUGACACCAGGAGCCAAAACACAGCCCCCAGAGGAUAUCAGCUGCAUUGCAUGGAAUAGACAAGUUCAGCACAUUUUAGCAUCAGCCAGUCCCAGUGGCCGGGCCACUGUAUGGGAUCUUAGGAAAAAUGAGCCUAUAAUCAAAGUCAGUGAUCAUAGUAACAGGAUGCAUUGCUCUGGGUUGGCGUGGCAUCCUGAUGUUGCUACUCAGAUGGUCCUUGCAUCUGAAGAUGAUAGGUUACCAGUGGUCCAGAUGUGGGAUCUUCGCUUUGCCUCCUCUCCACUCCGUGUCCUGGAAAACCAUGCCAGGUAUCAUGCUGCUCUUCCAAGGAACUUAAUUUGUUUAUAUGUACUUACUACUUUGAAUUGUCAGAUAAUUUUUAUUAAGUUAGGAAGUCUACUUUGUCUCUGUCUUGUAAAAGUUACUGUGUUAUAUGAACUUCCCACCAACACACAGUGGUGCUUUGAUAUUCAGUGGUGUCCCAGAAAUCCUGCUGUCUUAUCAGCUGCUUCCUUUGAUGGGCGUAUCAGUGUUUAUUCUAUCAUGGGAGGGAGCACAGAUGGUUUAAGGCAGAAACAAGUUGACAAGCUUUCAUCAUCUUUUGGGAACCUUGACCCCUUUGGCACAGGACAGCCCCUUCCUCCAUUACAAAUUCCUCAGCAGACUGCUCAGCAUAGUAUAGUGUUGCCUCUGAAGAAGCCCCCCAAGUGGAUCCGAAGGCCUGUUGGUGCUUCCUUUUCAUUUGGAGGCAAACUGGUUACCUUUGAGUAUGUCAAAAUGCAGUCUCAGCAGGGAACUGAACAGCAGCAGCAGCAGCAGCCCCAGCACGUGUUCAUCAGUCAGGUUGUAACAGAAAAGGAAUUCCUCAGCCGAUCGGACCAACUUCAGCAAGUCGUGCAGUCACAAGGAUUUGUCAAUUAUUGUCAGAAAAAAAUUGAUGCUUCUCAGACGGAGUUUGAAAAAAAUGUGUGGUCCUUUUUGAAGGUAAACUUUGAGGAUGAUUCUCGUGGAAAAUACCUUGAACUUCUAGGAUACAGAAAAGAAGACCUAGGAAAGAAGAUUGCUUUGGCCUUGAACAAAGUGGAUGGACCCGAUGUGGCUCUUAAAGACUCUGACCAAGUAGCACAGAGUGAUGGGGAGGAGAGCUCUGCUGCCGAAGAGCAGCUCUUGGGAGAGCACAUUAAAGAGGAAAAACAAGAAGCUGAAUUUCUACCAUCAGCAGGAGGAACAUUUAACCUCUCCAUCAGUGGGGAUAUUGAUGGUUUAAUUACUCAGGCUUUGCUGACGGGUAACUUUGAGAGUGCUGUUGAUCUUUGUUUACAUGAUAACCGUAUGGCUGAUGCCAUUAUAUUGGCAAUAGCAGGUGGACAAGAACUCUUGGCUUCAACCCAGAAAAAAUAUUUUGCAAAAUCCCAAAGCAAAAUUACCAGGCUAAUUACUGCAGUGGUGAUGAAGAACUGGAAAGAGAUUGUUGAGUCUUGUGACCUUAAAAAUUGGAGAGAGGCUUUAGCUGCAGUAUUGACUUACGCUAAACUUGAUGAGUUUUCAGCCCUUUGUGAUCUCUUGGGAACCAGGCUUGAAAGUGAAGGUGAUAGCCUCUUGCAGACUCAGGCAUGCCUCUGCUAUAUCUGUGCAGGGAAUGUAGAGAAACUAGUUGCCUGUUGGACUAAAGCUCAAGAUGGAAGUAACCCUUUGUCUCUUCAGGAUCUGAUUGAGAAAGUUGUCAUCCUACGAAAAGCUGUGCAACUUACCCAAGCCGUGGACACUAAUACUGUAGGAGUUCUUUUGGCUGAGAAGAUGAGUCAAUAUGCCAAUCUGUUGGCAGCCCAGGGCAGUAUUGCUGCAGCCUUGGCUUUUCUUCCUGAAAGCACCAACCAGCCAAAUAUCGUGCAGCUUCGUGACAGACUUUAUAGAGCACAAGGACAGCCUGUACCAGGACAGGAAUCGCCUAAAGUUCCCUAUGAGAGGCAGCAGCUGCCCAAGGGCAGGCCUGGACCAAUUGCUGGCCACACACAGAUGCCAAGAGCUCCAACUCAACAAUAUUAUCCCCAUGGAGAAAAUCCUCCACCUCCAGGUUUCCUAAUGCAUGGAAAUGUUAACCCAAAUGUUGUUGCAGCUCAGCUUCCCACCACUCCAGGUCAUAUGCACACCCAGGUCCCACCUUAUCCACAGCCACAGCCUUAUCAACCAGCCCAGCAGUUUAUCUUCGGAACAGGGGGGUCAUCAGCAUAUCAACCUCAGCAGCCUGUUGCUCCUUCUGUUUCAAAUGCUUACCCUAACACCUCUUACAUAUCUUCUGCUCCUUCCUAUUCUGGGCAGUCUCAGCUUUACACAGCGCAGCACCAGGUCUCUCCACCUACCUCCAGCCCUACUGCUGCUUUCCCUCCUCCUCCCUCUUCCUCUGGAGCAUCCUUCCAGCAUGGCGGACCGGGAGCUCCACCAUUUUCAGCUUAUGCACUGCCUCCUGGAACAACAGGUCCUCAGAAUGGUUGGAAUGAUCCUCCAGCUUUGAACAGAGUACCCAAGAAGAAGAAGAUGCCUGAAAACUUUAUGCCUCCUGUUCCCAUCACAUCGCCAAUCAUGAACCCCUUGGGUGACCCCCAGUCACAGAUGCUGCAGCAACAACCUUCAGCUCCAGUACCACUGCCCAGCCAAGCGUCAUUCCCACAGCCACACCUUCCAGGUGGCCAGCCCUCCUUCCACGGCAUACAGCAACCCCUGGGUCAACCAGGCGUGCCGCCAUCUUUCUCAAAGCCCAACGUCGAGGGUGCCCCAGGGGCUCCUAUUGGAAAUACCAUCCAGCAAGUGCAGUCUUUGCCAACAGAAAAAAUCACCAAGAAACCUAUUCCAGAUGAGCACCUCAUUCUAAAGACCACAUUUGAGGAUCUUAUCCAGCGCUGCUUCUCUUCAGCCACAGAUCCUCAAACCAAGAGGAAGCUAGACGAUGCUAGCAAACGCCUGGAGUUUCUGUAUGAUAAACUUAGGGAACAGACACUUUCACCCACAAUCAUCAAUGGUUUACACAACAUUGCAAGGAGCAUUGAAAUGCGAAACUACUCAGAAGGCUUGACCAUCCAUACCCACAUAGUGAGCACCAGCAACUUCAGCGAGACCUCCGCUUUCAUGCCAGUUCUCAAAGUUGUUCUCACCCAGGCCAAUAAGCUGGGUGUCUAAAAGGACAGCUUCACUCUCAGCUACAUUGACAUUUUCCCAAAGAAACACAUUUUUAAAAAAUGAUAAGAUAUGGACCAGUCCUCAUUAGCAUGUUUCCAUAGCAGCCAGUCAAGUGCAUUUGUACUAUUUCUGCUGAUAUACUCAUCUUAGAACUGCUCCAAACCCUGGUGCUUUCUUUUGUUUUAAUCUUUUAUUGCCCGUGAUGAUUUUCCUAUUCUGCAAAUAGCGUAUUUCCUGGAUUACACAUAGUAUGUUUUUCUGAGGUAUACUGAUAAAAUGUGGUUUUUAAAACCUUAGUGUACUUUCUGGAAAAGGAGCAUCUGGUUAUGCGUAAAGCAAAGCUAAAACUAAGUUUUUUUCCCAUGUCCUCCCUACUUCCUCCACGUCAAUCAGAUUAAAGUGUGUAAUCCUGUUUUAA